GCUGUCCGGAAUACGAGACUCAUGGCGAAGUUCUUUUAAUGAGCUUAUUAUGGAUGAGAGUCAGCACUACCACAUUCACCCGGGGUCUGCUCAGGUCAGGAUGGCGGAACCCACCGCGCGACUGGUGUGGUCUAUAGCUCUCACCUGCUAGGCAGACUCGCCCUCUCUUACUAUAUAAAGAGGCGUGUUUUCUAUCAUAAGAGGCAUCAAUCUACAGAGCUCAUCAGGCAUUGGACAUCCAUCUCUUUCUCAACUUCGCUUUUCACACUUUGCUGCUAUACUUCCUCUUUUCUGUUCACAUCACACAAAACAAGAUGAAGCAAUUCAUGACCCUGAGCUUGGCCGCUUGCCUGGUGUCUGGUGUCCUUGCCAUCCCAGUACCCGAUGCUGGUUCAGUCUCCACGAUUAAUGGCAAUACCAGCGAUUGGAAGCGCGGGGAGAAUGCUGUCGACGGCAACACCAGUGACUGGAAGCGUUCUGACGAUUCUGUCGAUGGCAACACCAGCGAUUGGAAGCGGGAUAACACUGACGGCAACACCAGCGACUGGAAGCGCAGCGAGAACACCGUCGACUCUGCCCUCUGAAUACCCCUUGACUAGGCCCAGCGGAUGACAACAAGAAUUUCGGGGCGUAUCCUCGACGACCAAUGCAUUACUUUCGCUCAAAGACAGUCCAUAUAUUCAGAAACGCCAUACGCUACCACAUAUGUUAGAACGAAGACCACAGACAUAGUAGGACAAUGUGAUAACGCCCUAUCAGCCAGCAAGAGUCAAAAACCUCGUCCUAGUCUAGUCUAGUCUAUUGUAGCCAGCAUAGCCAGAAAUCCACAAGAUAAAAUGCCCCAAUUGACUUCAACAAAGAUAAAUC